AGGAGGAGAAAGCUUCUUGGGGCCCUCUUGGGACUUCCUGGGGCCUGCUGGGAACCACCUGAAAGGCCUCUUGGGGGCCUCUUCGGGGCCUCGUGCCCACGUCGUCAGGGCCGCAUCUUGUUGCGCGGGGGCUCAGAGAGCCCACGUCCGUGGGGGCAGCGCAGGCCCUCACGCGCGAGGGCGAUUGGCAGCCCGGCUUGGGCUGGAAGAGCUCGCACAUCGGGUACUGGUACGGCGGCAUAGGCCGCGGGGGGCGGCGGCCUACUUCAACAAGGACGCCGUCAAGGACAUGCCGCCAAUCCAGCCCGAGCACAGGGAGCUGCGGGAGGGCAUCGCCCAGCCGUCGCUGCCCGGCUCGCGCAUGAAGGCCGUCGACAGGGACGUGUACGACGUGCUCCUCACGGACCGCCUCGCCAAGGACCUCGAGGGCCGUGACCUGGCGAAGGUCGCCGAGGGCGUGAAGGCAGCCCACUUCACUGGCAACUGCCUGAAGCCGUGGAGCUGCCUGGGGAUCGACUCGGAGCGCGAGGGGGCGGGGCUCUGCAUGGCCCUGCACGCGCAGUGGUGGGGCCUGUGGAACGAGGUCGCGGCCAAGCGCGGCGGCGACAGCUCCACCAAGGGGUCGUGCUCGCCGGACUACGUCCUGCUGCCCGCCGCGUAGCCGGCGUUGGGCCACGCGCGCACUGCACGGCCCGAGCCGUGAGGCGCGCUGUUCGAGCGCCGCAGCCCCUUGCGAAGUGUGCGUUGCGGCGAGGGAAAAGGUUGCAGA